AUGGCAUCGAAAGUAGCUACAACGGCGAAGACAAGUGUGUCAUCUCCUUCUAUUGUUCCUUUAAACUACUCGAAAGACCGCAAGGUUGGUGAAGGUACCUAUGCGGUUGUUUAUUUGGGUAAUCAAAUAUCUACUAAACGUAAAAUUGCAAUAAAAGAAAUAAAGACAGGGCUAUUUAAGGAUGGUCUUGAUAUGUCUGCUAUAAGGGAAGUAAAAUACUUACAAGAAUUAAGACACCCUAAUGUGAUAGAAUUGGUAGAUGUGUUCCUGACAACAAAUAACCUCAACUUGGUGUUAGAAUUUUUGCCUUGUGAUUUAGAAGUAUUAAUAAAAGAUACAUCUAUUGUAUUCAAACCAUCUGAUAUAAAAUCAUGGUUACUAAUGACUUUAAGAGGUAUUCAUCAUUGUCAUAGAAACUUUAUAUUACAUCGAGAUUUAAAACCGAAUAAUUUGUUAUUAGCACCAGAUGGUGAAUUAAAGAUAGCAGAUUUUGGGUUGGCAAGAUCGUUGGGAAAUGCAGACGAAUUACUAACGUCGAAUGUUGUUACUAGAUGGUAUAGAGCACCAGAAUUAUUGUUUGGUGCUAGGCAUUACACAGUUGCAGUUGACAUUUGGUCUAUAGGAAUAAUAUUUGCAGAACUAAUGUUGCGUACUCCAUACUUACCAGGAAAAGAUGAUAUUGAUCAAAUAGACGUAACUUUCAGAGCUUUAGGUACACCUACAGAACAAAUAUGGCCGAACGUUUCUAAUUUGCCAUUAUACAAUGCUUUACAUAUUUACCCACCCCCAUCAAGACAAGAAUUAAGAAAUAGAUUUAGUGCUGCCACAGAAAAAGCUUUGGACUUGCUAAUUCUUAUGACUCAAUUGGAUCCUAACAGAAGAUGUGACCUGACGCAAGCGUUGUUGCAUGAGUACUUUCUUGAAUUCCCAAGAGCAACGGACCCACUGCAGUUACCUAAGAAAAGUAACGGUAAAGAGGAAGAUUCAGAACCUGAAAAUAAGAAAAGGAAAAUAUAG